AUGGAGAAAGUUGAAAUUGAAAUCCAAGUAUGCUCUAGGUUGGGAGGCGAAGAUCGGAUGCUUCAGACAGAUGUUAGUGGUAAGAGGAAAAGAGUAGAACAAGAGAAUACGAGUUCACAACUCAACGAGUCUGUUGAGGAAAUUGUUUUACCUUUUGCGAAGAGGUCGCCUUAUUGGAAAGAGUUUGAGACGAUGGAGGCAUUUAGAAUUACACCACAACGUCCUCAUUUCCUUCCAUUGCUUAAGGCGUACGACCACAAUCUUGAGUUUAUUCGUGAAUCGAUUGCGGUCGGUCUCAUGAUGGGUUAUUCCGAAUACUCGGACAUAGUACGGAAUCUGGACAAUGAAGCUCCCGUAAGCAAGUUAAUGCACUACAAAAAGACAUUUGUCGCGCUAGAGGAGCACGGGUUCCAUGUUGGAGAGAUUUUAUCAAAGAUCGACGAGGUGUUAUCUGUCAAAGCUGGACAAGGAAACACGUCGGAGGAACCCGAGAAGAAGAUGAGAGAUACCAAAGAUGGACAAGGAGACAUAUCGGAGGAACCCGAGAAGAAGAUGACAGAUGAAUCUACCAAAGAGCCAAAGCGAAACAAGAGUUCCAACACAACUUUGUCGAGGUGCAACACAACAUUGUUGAGGUGCAAAAGCAACAAGCCUCUUUGA